GGCAUCUUUGACGUCCAGAGAAGCGAGUGGUGCACGUCUUGGAGCCGGAUCUUUGUUGGUGCUCCGACCAGGGUUUCAACCUUAAAACCGAGGAGUUUUCAGGGUGCACCAUCGAGAUGACUGCCGUAGUUGUGGGGCGCCGAGUAACACUUCCAGGACCCUUCGUGGGUGACCAUGACAACAUGGUGGAUCGCUUGAUAGAGGCCUGCGCCGCUGUGAAGCAAAGGACCUUUGUGUCCUUCGAACGGGAAUUGCAGCCCUGUACGGAGGCGUGGCUGGAGCCUGCGAAGUCUGUCCAGAAGAGGGAAGGGACUCCAAACAAGGAACGAAACAAGAAGAAGACAAAGAAGGCCCGGGCUGCCUCACCUCCAGCUGAUGGACCACCUCGCACAGCUCCCCAAUACACAGUCAAGACUGCAACAAAGGCCGUCUCAAUUUCUACCCCCAAGCAGUGGGCUGGACCGGGCUACGUCAUCUCACCGAAGCCAGAGGCGCUGCCUCUGCCACCGGCUUCCCUGCUGCGUAAAAUUGCAGUAGCAGCGUGAGCAUCUGGUGGUGGCAUCUACUGACGCAAUAAGACAGUCUGACUUACUACCAGUAUGACUCGCUAACAGUAAAAAGCUCAACAAAUUCGUGGAGGUUGCGUGUUGUCAUCCAGUGUGCCAAGGAGUCCUUCCGAGCACUUGUCGUGCUGGGGGGUUUUCUGGGAGACGUCAGAACAACAUGUGGUGCUUAAGCGAUUAUUAUUAUUUGUACGACUCUUGUGCAUUGCCCACCAAGUAGUGAGUUUCGUUGCUGUUGCUGGGCGCAAUUUUCACCUUUUCGAGAGAGCAGCUUACUUGCGCUCUCCCUUUCCUCCUGAGACCUCAGUGUAUUAUUAUUGAAGCCAGAGGGGUGUCAGCGCUUGCUUCCAAGCCGCCCUCUCUUUCUUCUAGGAUAGAAUAGAAUUGCCUCGAGGAAUGUGGUACGAUGUUUGCUUGAUGACCCUGCAUGAACAGUUGUACUGCUCAGUUGGUCAAAUGGUAUGGCUGGCGGCUACAUUUCAUAGAGGUUGGUGUGCAAUUCAGUGAUAACGCUUCGCUGCCUUUCUCCUGCAGAAUGUCAAGAG